CCCCCGCCCGCUCGCUUCUCCCGCCCCUCCCUCCCAAACACUCCCUCAUGAGCGCGCUGGCUUGUCAGAUCGACAGCCGACCUCGCCCAUCCUCGUCCGCCACUCCGAGCAACUCCUCCGAGGAUGACUGUGGCUGUCCACGGGGCGAGCCCGGCCGACCGGCCGUCCCUCGACCCGAGACCGAUCCCCUGGAUGUGAUCAUGGAGUCCAUGGCCUCCUCGUGCAAGGACAUCGCCGAGCAUGUCAGCAUCGAAUGGCUGCACACCGGGACAUGGCUCAAGUCCGGCCUGGUGCACUGGCGCGUCCACGGCGAGCCCAACACCUGGGAAAUGAUCGCCCGGACGACUCGCAUCCGGCCCGAUGAUGUGGGCUUCGACAACGACGCUCCCGCCUGCCCGGCGCCCUCGGCCGCCAGCCCGUCCGUCGAUGCGGUGGACAUCCUCGCGCUGGUGAAGGACUCCACCGCCGAUACCACGGCCAAGUGCCCGGGGAUCGUGGUGGAGCUGAUUUACCGGCCCCCGACUGCUCGGUGGUGUCUGGAACUGCCCUCCGGCCUGGUGGAUCCCGGUGAGACGCUGCAGACGACAGCCCUGCGCGAGCUUGCCGAGGAAACCGGCUGGCAUGGCGAUCCGACCUCGGCUCGACUUCUGCCAGCCACCUUCCAGUACUCGAGUGGUGUGGCCGAUGAAACCGGACGCAUGGUCAUCUUGGAUGCCUACUCAGAUGAUCCUCGGAAUCAGGUUCUCCGGCCAAAUCUCGAACCCAACGAACUCAUCUUUUCCAUCACCUUCCCUCUGCAUGGACUACAGUCGCGCCUGGAGCGAUAUGCCCGAAUGUACGACUUCCACCUCGAUCCGCGGCUCUAUUCGCUGUCGGUGGGCCUCAGCCUGGCAGCAAUGUAUCCCCACUGCACCGGGCUACUGGGCGCCGGUGGCAGCUCCCCGGCCGUGGUGUGCCCUCUCGACGCCUCGACAGCGGCCGCCUCCAGCGAGGAGGAUGACAGCAUGGCUGCCCCUUGCCGGGUGUCCUGGCCACCGGCGCCCACCAGCCGGCAAUCCUCCUCCAGGUGUGCCACCGCUGAAUGUUCCUCCCCCUCAAGAUGAAGGGGCGCACACACACACACACCCUCCUCUCAGACCUUCCGCGCGCCCCUCCCCCUCCCUCCUGUGCCGUCUCUCAUCGCGCACGUUGGUGUGGCGCAUUCAAUGUACACAAAUCCAGAAAACAACGCUCGUCGGCAUGCUCCCCCCACCACACCCACAGGGCCAGACGCGCCCCCUCCUCC